UUCCCUUCGCUGUGUGAGGGUGCGUCCGUUGCGCGUGUGAUUGUGCUAUACUAAAAAUUACGUACAAAAAACCAUUUUUGUGUAUUGUUUACUGUGCUUUGUGAUUAAUAAGUUAUUAUUGUGUGUUUUGGAAGAUUUUGCGCCAUAGAUAAAAUGACUUAACUCCACCAUAAUCCAGCAAGUGGUUGUGGUAGCGCGCUUCGUGCGUGCGUUCGUCGGCAACAUGGGUGCGCGGGCGCUGGUCCGCGCGGCGUUGCUGGCAGCGGUGCUGGCGUGCGCGGCGAGCGGCGCGCGCGGCUCCUGUCCCUGGGCGUGCUCGUGCCGCGCGCAGGCCGCGGACUGUGCGCACCGGGGACUCUUGCAUGUGCCCAAGAGGCUGCCCACUGAUUCACACAGGCUAGACCUUCAAGGGAACAACGUUAGCAUCAUAUUCCAGAGCGAUUUCCAGAACUUAAAAGAGCUGAAAGUUCUACAACUGUCAGAAAACCAGAUACAUACGAUAGAAAGAGACGCGUUUUUGGAGCUCAACGCCUUGGAGAGACUGAAGUUGAACAAUAACCGCCUCGGAAACUUGCCCGACGGUCUUUUUCUCAGAUUGAGGCACCUACAAAGACUGGACCUCAGUAGGAAUGAACUGACGGCCAUAAGCAGGAGGACGUUCCGAGGUCUAACAGCGCUAAAGAACUUACAUUUGGACGGGAACCAACUAAAGUGUAUCGAUGAAAAAUCCCUCGAGAAUUUGAAGAGUUUAGAAGUAUUGACUCUAAAUAACAACAACCUAACAUAUCUGUCGCUGGAACCGGCGGCAGUGACUCGGUUGAACGCGCUGCGUCUGAGCGACAACCCAGUGGUGUGCGACUGCAGAGUCACGCGGCUCGCGACGGCCAUACGAGCUGCAGGAAUCCUGGGCGUCGGGGCACGAUGCCAAGCUCCAGCAGCAUUGAGGGGAGCGUUGCUCACUGAUCUAGAAGUCCAUGAACUAAUAUGCAGUGGUCCCACCACAGCAUCGACGGGCGAGUGUUCAGCGGAGCCGCGUUGCCCGCCGCCCUGCCGUUGCACGCCCGAGGGGAUCGUAGACUGUCGGGAGAAGAUGCUGUCAGAGCUACCCACUACUAUCCCACACAGAGCAACCGAGAUUCGGUUGGAACAGAACGAGAUAACGGAAGUGGGUCCUGGCGCGUUCUCGGCGGUGAAGAGAGUCACCCGCAUCGAUCUGUCCAACAACAAGAUCACCAAACUCGCGGCCGACGCGUUCACUGGACUCGUGCACCUGACGUCGCUAGUGCUGUACGGAAACAAAAUCAAGGAUCUGCCGUCAGGAAUAUUUCACGGUUUAGUCUCCUUACAGUUGUUGUUAUUGAAUUCAAACGAAAUAGCAUGCGUAAGAAAAGACACAUUUCGAGACUUGGAAAACCUUAAAUUAUUAUCUUUAUACGACAACAAUAUAAGGUCUCUGCCGAAUGGAACAUUUGAUGCUCUAACAAGCAUACAAACUUUACAUCUAGGCCGCAAUCCUUUUGCCUGCGAUUGCUCCUUGCGCUGGCUCGCAGCGUAUCUACGGAAGAACCCGAUUGAAACUUCUGGAGCAAAGUGUGAUUCACCGAAGAGAAUGAGUAAGAAGAGAAUUGAUGCUCUAAGAGAAGAGAACUUUAAAUGCAAGCCGGGUGAGGAGCGGGCGGCGUACGUGGGGUGUGGGUCGUGGGAGGGCGGCGGCGCGUGUCCGGCGCACUGCGAGUGCGCGGGCGCGGCGCGUGUGCUGUCCGUCACGUGCGCGCGCGCCGCGUUGCGCGAGGUCCCGCGCGACUUACCGCUCAACACCGACGUGCUAAUCAUGUCAGACAACAAUUUGGGACAAAUAAAAUCUGACGGGCUGUUCGGGCGGCUGCCUGAUCUCACCAAACUCGAUUUACGAAACAACGGUAUAGCGGUUAUAGAAGACAACGCGUUCGACGGCGCCGCCAACAUACAGGAGUUGAUUCUCGACGGGAACCUGCUUCAGACCGUCACCGACAAGAUGUUCUACGGCCUUCACAGCUUGAGUGUUCUGUCUCUAACGGAUAACCAAAUCAAAUGCAUCACGCCGGGAGCUUUCGACCAUCUUGCCAUGCUGUCCACACUUAACCUAGAUACAAAUCCCCUGGACUGCACGUGUCACAUCGCGUGGCUGCCGAAUUGGUUGCGGUCGCGACGGCUCGCCCCCUCCGCGACGUGCCGCACGCCGCCGCCGCUGCGGGACGCCAACCUGCACCACCUGGAGGUGGCUGACUUCAAAUGCACGCCAGAAGACAAGGGUUGCCUGGCGGCGGAGUACUGCCCGGCGCAGUGCUCGUGCACGGGCACGGUGGUGCGGUGCUCGCGCGCACACCUCGCGCUGCUGCCCGCCAACAUACCCAAGCAGACCACUGAAUUGUACUUAGAGUCUAAUGAGAUCACGAGCAUCCUGCCGGAACAGAUCCGGCACCUGACGCAGCUGACGCGGCUCGACCUCUCCAACAACAAGAUCACCGUGCUCAGCAACAACACCUUCGAGGGACUCACCAAGCUCUCCACGCUUAUCGUCAGCUACAAUAGACUCAGAUGCGUUCAGAGAGACGCGUUGAAAGGGCUUACGCAACUCCGCGUACUGUCCCUCCAUGGUAACAACAUAUCGAUGCUCGCUGACGGUGUCUUCAGAGAUCUGGAAUCGAUCUCUCACGUUGCCCUAGGUUCAAACCCGUUGUACUGCGACUGCAACGCGCGCUGGCUGUCGGAGUGGGUGCAGAGCGCGGGCGAGUACGUGGAGCCGGGCAUCGCGCGCUGCGUCGAGCCUGCGCCCAUGAAGGACAAGCUGCUGCUCAGCACCGCCUCGCAGGCCUUCGUCUGCACUGGUCCGGUGCCGGCAGAGAUAAUGUCUAAGUGCGACCGGUGCUACAACAACCCGUGCCAGCACGGCGGCACGUGCCGCGCGGGCGCGGGCGGCGGCGCGGAGUGCGCGUGCGCGCGCGGGUACCACGGCGCGUGGUGUCAGCACCACAUCGACGCCUGCUACGGCUCGCCCUGCGCGCACGGACACUGCCAUCUGCUCGAGGAGGGACGCUUCCACUGUUCUUGUCAGGCGGGAUACACAGGCGUACGCUGCGAGGUGAAUAUAGACGACUGCGCCGGCCAUCGCUGCCAGAAUAACGCCACGUGCGUCGACCACCUCGAAGGGUACUCGUGCAAGUGUGCACCUGGCUUCAUGGGUGAAUUCUGCGAAAAGAAAAUUCCCUUCUGCACGACUGAGUUUAAUCCUUGCGCUAACGGAGCUGUAUGCACUGACCACUAUAGUCACUACACUUGCGCAUGUCCGAAGGGUUACUCCGGCCAGAACUGCACGAUAAAUGCAGACGACUGUAUCAACCAUAUGUGUCAGAACGGCGCGACGUGCGUGGACGGGCUGGAGGAGUACCGGUGCGCGUGCGCAGCGGGGUACGCGGGGCGGUACUGCGAGGCGGCGCCGCACGCCGCGCUCGGCACGUCGCCGUGCGCGCACCACGACUGCCUGCACGGCGUCUGCUACCUGCCGCCCGCGCGACUCCAGGACGAUAUCAUUAUGGAAAGGUCACUUCUUGCCCCGGCCAACGACUACCUCUGUAAAUGCGCUCCGGGAUACUCUGGUCGUCUCUGCGAGUACCUCACUUCGUUGACAUUCAGCCACAAUGACUCGCUGGUCGAGUUGGAGCCGUUAAGGACUGUGCCACAAGCGAACGUCACUCUGGUGUUCAGCACGAAGCAGCACCACGGCGUGUUGAUGUACUUCGGCGAGAACGAACACCUUGCCGUGGAACUGUUCAACGGGCGCGUGCGCGUCAGCUACGACGUCGGCAACCUGCCCACCUCCACCAUGUACAGUUUUGAGAUGGUUUCGGACGGUAACUACCAUAAAGCGGAGCUGAUCGCGAUCAAAAAGAAUUUCACACUACGAGUCGACGACGGGCCCGCGCGCUCCAUCAUCAACGAGGGUAGCAAAGAGUACUUGCGGUUGGAGAGGCCGAUGUACCUCGGCGGGGUGCCGGAGGACGUCGCCAAGGAGGCGUUCAGCAAAUGGCAUCUCAGGAAUAUCACCAGCUUCAAAGGAUGUUUAAAAGAGGCGUGGAUCAACCACAAGCGCGUGGACUUCGUGAACGCGGCGCGCGUGCAGCGCACGGCGGCGGGCUGCGGCGACGACGAGCCGCCUGCCGUGCCCGUCGGCUCCGGCUCCGUGCAGGAGGACGCUGGCAAGCAUAACCAGGACCCGUGCGUGCCGAACCCGUGCGCGCGCGGCGGGCGCUGCGUGCGCGAGGAGGGCUCGGCGUCGGACUACACGUGCCGCUGUCCGCCCGGCACCGCCGGCGCGCAGUGCGAGCUCAGGGCCUCUAUAGGUGGCGCCCCAGUAAUCACACAAGCUAAGAACAGUGCGAGGAAACCAGUUUUCAGCAAUGUACAAGCAUCGCCUGCUGCGCCGGCAUACAAACAGGAGUUCCCAGCCGAGCCGGCGUCACCUGCGACGCCCGCAGGUGCUUGUAGGAAGGAGCCAACCCGAGAGUUCAUUACAGAAGGGUUGUGCAAAUCGCGCAGGGCUGUACGCGGCGCCAAGUGCGUGACCCGCGCGGACCGGCAGACGGCCGCGGGGCCCGGGGGCGGGGGGUGCGCCCGCGGGCACUGCUGCGCGCCGCGCAAGACCAAGAAGAGAAAGGUCCGCCUCAUCUGUUCAAACGGCACACGAUACACCAAAGACAUAGAGAUCGUAAGAAAAUGCGCCUGCGGCAAGAAAUGCCCGAGGAAUAAUACUUUUCACUGAACACAAACAGAUAUAACGCAUUAUUAAUAGUGACAGAAACGUAAAAUCCUUCAAACAAUUAAUCCAAGUUUUUGGGUGGACGUACUCAGGAAGGUGCAUGGGGGCAGAUGCCCCCAUAUUAAGUUUGGGAAAUAAUAUAAACCAACGUGAACCAAGAUUUAGUCAGAAUAUUUUAUGAAAGGUCCGUCACGCCUUUAGAUUUAUUUUAAAAUCUGGACUGUACAAUUUAUUCACUACUUCAUAUUAUACACAAAACAUGUAGUUUGUGCCGAGUUAUGCGUACUUAACUAUAACGUUGAAUUGUGUCACUUAGAGUCGAUUUUAACGUGAACUAUUUUUUAUUGUAUUAAUAUGGCAUUAUUAUUGUUGACCUAAAAUAACCAUGUAUUGAAGUUCCAUACUAGGCAAGACCCAGAAGGGCAUUUGCCCAGAAAGACUUAAAUAAGUUAACUUUAAUGUACAUUUCAUUUUAAAGUCCACGAAAAUACUCGCAAAUGUUUUAAGUCAAUAAUAAUAGUAGCACCUUUUCAAAUACAACAAAUAAAUAUAAACGUAGCAGAUUUACGUUACACUCGUAUUUCUUGUUAAACAGACUAUUCUGUAAUUAAUUGUAGAUUUUAAUAAUGUACUAAGUAACAUCAUUAUAACCAUUAUCAUGACUUAACUAGACCAACAGUUGACAUGCGCGGAAGAAAAAAUAUUUUGGGGCUCAAUACAAUUUUGGCUGCCUUCGGUUAAUAUAAUCACGAAAAUUAUGACAAGUUAAAGGAUUCACAAGCGUUCCAGAUCAUGAAAUCUGUAGAUUUAGGAACACGAAUACUACAGUGUAGUAGCAGAGUAUGUUCAUGCAGUACAUUAUGAUGUAUCAUAAUGAGAAAGCCAUGUUGUAAGUUUCUCACUACUCGUAAACCGGGACGGCGCGCGAAUGCCCAGAUUAAAUUUGCUGAAUAUAAUAUAAAUUUUUAAUCUACCGUAAUUACACCCAAAUUUUACCCACCUAAUAAACUACUGGAGCCGCGCCACACAAACCCACUCACCGCCAUUAUAAAAUACUCAAUAUUGUAGACAAUAAGAAAUACCAUUUUGUAGUAAAUAGUAUUUUACGUCGCUUCAAAUGAGUAUUUUGACUUUAUUUUGGAAGGGACUGUUGUCCAAUAAAUAUAAUAAAUAAAUUAUUCAUCCUUCAUAGAGAUUAAUAGUUGGAAAACAAAUUUAUAACUACUAGUAUAGAAAAAAAAUACAUUGUAUAAGAAUAUGUUUUCUUAAGGACAACAGUUACCUUCCAAGCGGAUUAUGAAAACUAACAUAAGUGAAAUAUUCUUACAUAAUGUAAAACCAGAGGUUCUCAACUAUUUAAGGGAAAGUAACACCUCUGACUAUACAGAUAAGAAAAUACCGACUCGGGCAUUUGAUCGAUGUUUUAGAAGUUUUAAAAAAGGAACAUUAUGUGGAUGCAUUUUUUUUGCCAAGUACAUAUUUUAUUUAGAUUACCUCAUAGACUAUGGUCUAUGACCAGCCAUUAUUUUCCAUAAUAUUUAUUAUGCUAAGUAAAAUCAUUAACAGUUUCUCUAGGCAAUUGUGAUGUCUAAAAUUCCAUUUACACAUGAAUCUAUUACAUUAUCAUCGCUGUGUUUCUAAUAUUUAGUUCAAUAUAGAAUUCUAAUAGCUUUUUAAUUGUGAUGGUAGUUUCCAUGACUACCCUCUUAUCAAGUUAAUUACUCUUCGUCAAACGUCAAGAACGAUUUUUGUAGGAAAAUCGACAUGUUGACUCGAUGGAGUAUUUGCGCAAAGAAUUACUACAUCAUAAUUUUUUGUAUGCUCUUACAUCAUCAAACUAUAAAACGUCGAAAUAUCGCUCUUAUGCUUCAAGAAUCACUGUUUUUAAUAUAAAUAUAACGAAUUUACAUGACUAGAAACAUAAGGAAAGUAGUGGCGGCCUAAAUGAGUAUUCUUACCGAUGUAGUUAGGAAGGAGGUAUUUUGAACCUAAAGAACAUUUAAAGUAUUUAAUAUUGUUAAGUUUGCUUCGCUUGAUUUUGUACAACUGCCGGUCAAUAUGAAUUAUACAACCGGCAUAGAAAAAACACGCAAACGCUUUCGUAACCACAAUAUCCUAUAACCUCAAUUUAUAUAAUAGACUUUUGCCCAUUUCUCAUAACUCAAAAUUGUAUUUUGCAAAUGAAAUAAGAAAUUUAAUCUAAGUCAUAUAGGUUGAAACGCUUCAUAUCAGAAGUACUAGUGCUCGUGUAGCUGCCCAUUUCAGCUACUGAUGUUUUAAUAAUUUAUGUUCAAUUAAAAAAAUAUAUAUUAUUCUACUGUAUUCAAAUGAGUUUAAAUUAGUCAACGACAAAUUAUUGUGUUCAUAUAAAUAUUUAUUUUAUUUUUUAACUGUUAAAGUUGUAUCUUGCCUUUGUUUAAUGUACAAAUGAAGCCAUUAUUCCGUUAGUACCAUUUGACGUAUCUACAUGAUAAUAAAGGAUCUAAGAUGAAAUAAAUAUCGAGUAAUUAGUUGCAUACAGUCUGAAUAUAAUCCAGGCAAAUUAUUUUAAAUUACAUAAAACAAUAGGGUAGUUUCCGAUGUUUGAUUUAGUAUUUUCUAUGUAACAAAAAUAAUAUGAAAAAAAAAAUACUUCUGUAAAAUCAGCAUCAAAAUUGGUUGAAAAAUAAACCAGUUAAUCAAAUUUGAAAUAUUGUUGUGAGCAAAAGGAGGGAUAUCGCGCUAUCUUUCUUACUCACGCAGCGUUAUGGCCGGUGGCACUACGUGACGUCACAUUUCACUAUUAUUGAAUUUUGACAGCUUCCCUUUCCACCAAAUUUCAAAGCUUUACAACUUAUUCAUUAUUGCGUGGAUUUUGAAAUAUCUUUUCCGAUAGAUUUUGGAUGAAAUACAUUUUUAUAAAUAUAUUUAAAAAUAAGUGGUCCACUACCCUAUUUGCAAUAUGAGCUACUGUUAACAUGACAACUGUAAGUGUGAUUAGUUGAUUGAAUGUGGGUAAUAUAUCACGUUAACCUAUCUUGCAUUUAAUAAUCAUAUAACCAUCCUGUAUAGUGUACACCUAUGUCGCUAUGAUAUUAACAAUAUAAAUGUAAUA